AGAGUCAGUCGCUUCGAAAUGCUGAACUACACUAUACGAGCUGUUUUUUAGAAUGAAGGCUAGCUCCGUGGAGUAUUCAUUGUUGUAAACGUACUAAAGAGAAUUGUUCUUCUGUUUGAUUGAAAAUAAACCGAAUGAUCAUGAGGCCUCACGUUCCGGCUUCGGUGAGGAUGUCCCGGAGGUGGAAAAAAAGGUGUCCAAGAACAGUAGUUUCUGCACAUAAAAAGGUAAAAAAUCCACCGGCAGAAGUUGUUGUGCAGCGGCCACUACUGAAGAACAAGAAGCGACCUGAACAAGAAUUUCUUCCUUUCUUCCCGCGACGUUCUUGGUUCCGGUCCUGUCUGCAAAUUUUUGUCAUUUCUGGGUCGACGUUCUUCCUGCUCUUCCUUGGUCUUUUCUCGUGCGAAAAAGACCACGACGACCACGAGCAGCACCAUAAGUCCUCCUCCUGCUCGUCCCAGCAACAUUGGCAGCAUGACGAGCGCCAAACUAUCAAAAGCAAAAGGCUUCGCACAGCACAGCAGCAGGAGCUUUGUCAUCUUCGUGACCUCGCGGGAGCAGUACCACAGCCCGCGAAUUUUCAACAUCUACUUCAUCCUGGCGCUUCAUUUAGUACAAUUUUCGUGGCGGCAGCGGCACUAGAAGGAACCACGUCAGGCCGCAC